CUGGUAAACGUGAAAGUGUAUGGUAGUAGUUUCUAGUUUUCAGAAAAAGAAGAAACGGUUUCAAUAGCCUGUUUACAAAUCCAGAUGCCACGUGGUGUGACACCAACUAGGGUUCGACGCCGUCAGAGUGAUGCUAAAUGGAGGGCAAGUGUAGCUAUGUGUUAUAAUAUUAUGAAGAAUGUAAUACCUAACCAGAAAAAACUUGGGCGGCGGAAAGUUUCCAAGGCAUUAACUCUGAAGGAGACAGAACGACACAUUGUCAACCUGGAGAGGAAGUUGAGGGAACUCAUCGAGGAAAGAGCACCUAUGUGUGGAAAGGUAAUAAUGAUCGAGAAAGAAGAUAAUUGUAUGGUACCAGCAACAUUUGACGACAUCAAACAAGAUUUUGCGACAAAGCAGCAUGCACUCUUUAUGUGUACUACUACGGGAGGUAAGAAGAGGUACAACGUGCCAUCCGACAUUGAAGCAAGCUUAGAACAGUUGAGUCAGCAAUCUUGUGAUUUGACAGCAAUGAAUCGUAAAGAGUUAGAGGUGUCAUUUCCCCAUCUGCUCCAAGUGAUGGACACCCCAAGAUUUAAACCGCAGACAUCUGUGUCAAGUGAAAGUUCCGGUAAGCUACAAAGCCUACUAAAUACUCCACUUGAUGAUGUGAGCAGCAGAGCUUCCAAUAUACAUAAAACACCAGCCAAGAAACAGGGCUCUCUCGUGUCUAAGGUUAUUAUUUGCACGUCUGAGAAAGAAGAGGAGGCAUCUACAAAAUUGGUGAACAAUUUGAAGCCCAGCACUAUGAAAGCUUGCAAACAGCUGCCAUUCACCAGCAAGCCACAGACAUCUACAAAGACAAAGCCAGUUUCUUUGCUGUCUGGCAGAAAUUAUUCACAAACAAGUUUGCAGACUUUCAAUCCAUCAACCGAGACAUGUACUAACUUUUCCCCAAAUACACCUUUACAGUCAUCAUAUCUGACAUCCAAAUUGUCAACUGAAACUUCCAAACAGACAUACUCUUCCUCAACCAGAACUUCCAUAGAGACAUGUACUCAGCCGUCCAGCCAGGAGUCAUCAGCAUCUUCCAAGGCAUCUGACCAAGCAUUGGCUACAUCUUUAGCUGCAAAGAGCACACAGAUGUCAAGUCAUGGUUCCGGUGGAUUUACGCCAGUUAAACUGCCUUAUGGGCUGGAUAAUGGUGAUCCAAUGUUGACAUUCUCCGGAACCCCAGCUAAAUCAACCAUUGGAUCACCACUUGGCUAUUUGUCUAUACCAGAGACACCAGGCAGUUGUUUCAAUGGUGUAGACUAUUUUGAUUUGACUGAUGAAGAAGAUGUGGCAGGCCUCUUGUGUACUGAAUCAAUAGACAGCAUGGAUCUUGACACAACCUUCUCAGACAAGUCUCCAAGUGAUACAGCAGAGAGAAAAACACAAACCAUACCUGACACAAGGUGUGAGACUGUUAGAGACAACAGCAAGAAUACCACAGUGCAGACCAAGGUUCGGAGAAGACUUGAUAGAGACUAUGGUUCCAGUAAUGACCAGAAAGUGCCUACUACAGACAAAAGUUGUCUUGAGUUUGAUGGCUAUCUUCUGUUCCACAAAUAUAAUGCAGCACUGAUGGAUCCUGGCUGUAGCUCAUCUAAAAAGGCUCUGACCAUUGCAGACAUGUGGGAGAAACUGGAACCAGAAGAUCGUACUCGGUAUGCUAGGAUCGCUUCCCUGGAUCAGUCUGAUGAUUCCAAUGAUCUGUCUGCUGAUCUCCUCGGCAUUGAUUUAAAACCUUUACAUAAGGAACAUACAGCUCUAGCAGGUAUUGGAAAUAUACAAGAAGAUACUGGAAGUCAGGAAGUUCCAAGCCUUGUACUUGACCUGUCGGACGAGAUGCACAGGAAUUUCGAGCUUCAGUUUAUAGAAGGGUAUGAGGACCUGGGGGUGUUCUAUCACAGUGAUGUCUUGAAGGAGAAUUUGUCGAGAGACUCGAGUGAAGGAUUUCAUGACUUGGAGCAAGAGACUCAAGUUGUACCACAGAUGGGAUGAAUUCAAUAAAAACAUUCUGCACCAUUUUUAUUGAUUUCUUUUACUGAUGUUUUAGGAAAAUAUUUAGUUUUGUUCAUUGUAAUGUAGAUUUGUAUUCAAAGGGAAUGUCUCAUUUAUAUUUCUUCAUAAAAGCUUGUUUUUAUUUUAUUUAGAAAUAGAACAAAAAUUGUUGAAAUAGAACAGAAAUUGUUGUUCUCUUAAUGGAAAAAUGUCAGUAUAUGUGUUUAUUUGACAUAUUAGUACGUGUUAAACAUACAAAAUGUUGUAAGAUAACAUGAAAAUUGUAGGUGUGUAAACAAGUUUUACAAACACCCUACAUUAUGGUAGUUCUGCACAUUUGCACACUGGAAGUCAUAGUGUAAUGUCUUUUAUUUCGAUAACAUACUAGGAUAAAGUUUGGAGCCUACAUAUAAAUGUCAAGCCAUAUGUACAUUCAUAAAAAUGGCACAAUUGAGCUGUGCCAUAAGAAAACCAACAUGUGCGUUUGCGACCAGCAUGGAUCCAGACCAGCAUCUGCGCAGUCUGGUCAGGAUCCAUGCUGUUUGCUAACGGUUUCUCUAAUUGCAGUAGGCUUUGAAAGCGAACAGUAUAGAUCCUGACCAGACUGCUUGGAUGCGCAGGCUGGUCUGGGGAUCCAUGCUGGUCACAAAUGCACUAUGUUGGUUUUCUCAUGGCAUGGCUCAAUUUUCUUUUUAAGAAAAGAAAAGGUAAAUAUGUUGAUAAGGGAAAUAAUUUAAAGCAAUGCUUUCAGAUCUGCUUGGUUUGCAGAUCUUGCCAAUUUUGUGUAUUCUGAAGUUUUGAAAAUUCAGGUUUUAAUCAAAUUUGUCAUUGUAGAAGAAAUGUAGAUCUGAAUGUGCAGAAUUACCUUAAUCCAUUUCUUACGUGUGUUUAGUUGAUACAAAACCUGUACUAUAAAUUAUGAAGGAAAAUGAUUUGUUGGCUCUGCUACCAUAAAAUGUACAAAAUUUGGAAUGGCAUAAUUAAGUUUUACAGGUGUUUUAUGAACAUGAAUGUAGAUGUUACCCUGCUAAAUGUCUAUAAUGAACUUUUCUGUCUUUCAAUUUGGACAAUACCAAUAACUGUUUUUACCAUGAAGAUACUGACGGAAUAGCGAACAGUGCAGGUCAUGAUCAGACUGCAUGGACGUGCAGGCUGAUCAUAAUCUACACUGGCCGCAAAGGCAGAAUCAAUCGUGUCAAGCAUGAUGAGGGUUAAAAUUGCUGGAUUUUUACACCACAAGAUACUAAAGUGCUUAAUAUUCCACAACUGAAUAGGCAGUUGAUAUGGUUAUAGUUUAAGUCUGACUGUCCGUAACACAUUGUCUGCAGCUUAACGCCAAAACUAGAGACAGUUUGAAGGGAAUUUGCUUAAACUUUAGAACAGUCCAGCAUGGCUCUUGUUAUAAUACAUAUUCCCAUACAAGUAUGAAAUCUCAACCUGAAUCUCUAUAAAUUAAUAAACAGAAUUUCUGGGUGUAUUAUAUGUGUUCAAGAAAUUUAAUGUGAUAUACCACAUUUUUGCUCUCCCAAGGGUGGUCUUUGUAGACAGGUUUGACUGUAUAUAUAUAUUUAUGUCUCCCAUCAUAUAGUUGUGUGGGAGAUAUACUGAUUUACUGCUGUGUGUUUGUCUAUCUGUCACAAAUCUUGUCCGUGCUCUAUGUCAAACAGUUCUCAUCCGAUCUUUACCAAACUUGAAAAAAAAUGUGUUUACCAAUAAGUCCUCGGCCAAGUUCAAUAAAGAGCUAAAUCGCCCCAGGCCCUUAGAAUUAUGGCCCUUGAUUUACCAAAAAUCGCUCUGUACACAUUUAUCCACAUAUUAAGUUGAAUAUUCCUCAUCCGAUCAUCACCUAACUUGAAUAAAAUGUGUUUGCCAAUAAGACCUCGGCCAAGUUUAAUAACUAGCCAAAGCGGCCCAGGCACUUCAGAAUUAUGGUCCUUGAGUAACUGAAAAUCACUCUAUACACGGUUACCAGUGAUACAUGUAUUGGUGCAUGGUUGACUCCAAUACUUAACUAUUCAGAUGAUUAGGCAGUUGUGGGAGACAUGCGCUUUUCUCAAAAGUAGCUCUAGUUAGUUUUGAUUUCUCUGUCUUUUACAUUAAUUUUUUCUUGAAUUUUGCUUACCUUUAAAGUGAAAGAUCUCCAAAACAACAAAAUUGUCAGCAAACAUUUGCUGUUGAAAUAGGAAAUGUUGUGGUGAAACAUGAUGUUAUGACAUCUGUAGUGUUGUGUGACCUCUUGAAUGCUCAGUAUUUGGGUCGCAAGAUUCUUUGGGGAUUUUAGACUGUUUGCCUGUAGCCUCCUGCCUUUGCAACAAUUGCAUACCAAGAUCAGCGUGCACAUCCUGUUCUGCACUGUUUGCUAUUUGGUCAGUAAAUUUCAGUGAACACUCCUUCAAAUGAUAAGUGGUACUGCCCAAAUUGAAUGAUAGACCAUUCCAUUUUAGAAAUAUAGCAGGGUAAAGGUUACUAUUUGAUAAUAUCACAGCCUAGCAAAAAUUGUCAGGACACAUUAAUAUGUAGACACUAUUUAAUGGUAUAGAUUACUUUAAUGAUUUUGUGGGUGUUUAAGUUAUUGCUGCAAUUUACAACAUCUAUCAUUGAAACUGUCAAAGGGAUGCAAAUUGCAACAAAUAAUAUCCACGAUUUUGUAUGUUUUAAAUUGAUCUUUUGUUAUAAUUUGGGUGUAAAGUAGUAUCACCCUGUGAUAUAUGACUCACCAGCUAAUAAUUACCGUGCAUAUUGUUUUUGUUUUUUUUCUAAUAAUACAGGGUGGAGUGACAGAGCAUUUUAGAUCUUUUGUAGAUAUAUGAUAGCAAAAAUAAAGGUAAAAGCUGUAUCAUGUGUAAUCCAUAAUUUGUUGGAAAAAACAAGAGUUAAACAUUCAAGAAAACAUUGGAGUUUAGAUUCUUUUCUUGAAUUUUCUUUUUUAGCCAUUAAAUAUUCAUUCUUUAAUAUUGGGAUUGGGUAUUGAACUGUUUACUUUUUAUGCCCCUAAAGGGAGGCAUAUAGUUUUUUAACCGUCUGUCAGUCUGUCUGCAAUUUUCGUGUCCGGUCCAUAUCUUUGUCGUCGAUGGAUGGAUUUUCAAGUAACUUGGCAUGAAUGCGUACCACAGUAAGACGAUGUGUCGCGCGCAAGACCCAGGUCCGUAGCUCAAGGUCAAGGUCACACUUAGACAUUUAAGGUCAUUUUUCAUGAUAGUGCAUUCGUGUCCGGUCCAUAUCUUUGUCAUCCAUGGAUGGAUUUUCAAAUAACUUGGCAUGAAUGUGUACCACAGUAAGACGACGUGUCGUGCGCAAGACCCAGGUCCGUAGCUCAAAGGUCAAGGUCACACUUAGACGUUAAAGGUUAUAUUUCAUGAUAGUGCAUUGAUGGGCGUGUCCGGUCAUAUCUUUGUCAUUCAUGCAUGGAUUUUAAAAUUAUUGGGCAUGAAUGUGUACCACAGUAAGACGACGUGUCGCGCGCAAGACCCAGUUCCGUAGGUCAAAGGUCCUAAACUCUAACAUAGGCCAUAACUAUUCAUUCAGAGUGCCAUCGGGGGCAUGUGUCAUCCUAUGGUGACAGCUCUUGUUCUGACUGUAAUGACAAGGCAUAAGAUGAGGAUUUGUAUGUUUUGGUUUUAGUCCUAUUUUUGAACAGUGGUUCAUUUAUGUAAUGAAUUGUUAAUCUGACCAGUGGUCCUGGAUUCUGUACAAACUUCUUUACAUGUAUCAUUGGUGUAGGACAAUAUGAUUUCAGAUAAAAAUCAAAAUCAAAUAUAUACACAUAAAUGUUCAUCAUCGUAAUAUUAUGAGAAUUUAGGACAACUUAGGUCAUAAGAUCAAAGGUCAUGGUCACCUACAGAGGUCAAAGGUCAGUAUUUCAAUAUUUUACCAUCUCUUAUUAAAACUGUGCCUUAGGGUAUAAAUCAUUGAUAGCUCUAGUUACAUUUGAUGGACUUCAUUUAUUUGGUUCUAGCACCCUUUAAUCGUAUUUUUUAGUGAUUUUUGUAAAUAACUUUUGUUAAUGUUUGUUAAUCAUUCUAAAAUCUUUGCAAGCUGCAUGGGAAAAAAUGCUAAUGAUGAGAGUGCCUUAAAUGGGUAAUUAUUUAUUUUGUAUGUUUUUCUUGUUGUAAACAGUUGCAGUACUUUGUUUUUGUUGUAUUGUUUGGUUGGAUCAUGCACAAGUAAAAACCCUUGCAUUUUAUAAAUUAUUGUGUUUUUUUCUUGUUAUAUCACAUGAAAUUGUUGUUAACACAGUAGAGGCCACACUUAUACUCUUUCAAUAAAGUGUGUCAGAUGUCAUAGAAAAUUCUUGUUAAGGUUUAAGAGUAUAUCAUCAAAACACAGAAAUAUUUGAUAAACGAACAACAUCUUUACCAACAAUCUACCUGUUCUGCCGAACUGUCCUGUACAAUGGAUACUUAAAAUAGUCUGAAAAAACUGUCCCCCUUUAAAAAUGAAUGCCAUUUGUAAAUAAAUAAAAGUAAACAACUGCUAAAAACUACAUUCCACCUAGUUCUGUGAAAUUUCAGCACUGGGACAUUAUUGCAAUUGCAUCACAUAUGUGUAACAAUUCUUUGAAAAUGGUGAGUUAAUGUUUGUCUCUGUGAAUAUAGGUCAAGUUCGAAACUGGGUUACCUAUGUUCAAAAACCAGCUCACUAGUUCAAAUCAUAGAAAAACUUUGUUAACAUUCUAGAGAGUCACAUUUUUAGCUUGACUAUUCGAAGAGUAGUCCGAGCUAUUCUACUCACCCUGGCGUUGGCGUCACACCUUGGUUACAGUUUUGCAUGCAAGUACAUGUAUAUAUAGCUCAUUUAAAGGCAUAUAGCUUUGAAACUUAUUUCACUGGAUCAAGUCCCAUAACCAGGGCUAGCGCUGGAAUGGGCAUUUUGAGCAAAAUGCUUAAAAUGCUAAUUUUGGCUCAAGAAAAUUCAGAAAUGGCUCAAACUCUAAAAAAACCCUUCUUUAAGAAUUAAAACCAGGUAUGUUAUUUUGGACCAAAGAGUGCCAAGACAGACUGUGUCAAAACAUGCAAUAUACAAGAGGCACCAUCCACGGUCCAUUAACACCAUUAAGUGACAAUAAACCUAUGCCACUGGGGUAAUUAAAAGCAUCUCUCACAGUUUGUUUAGCUAAAUUGGUACUGAUUAAUGAAUAUACAUGGAUCAAAGGUGUUGUUUGUGGCACAUGCCAUGACUAAAGUUCCUUGAUUGAAUAAAAUAUUGAGCCAUCUUUUAUAAACUCAUCAAAAGACAAGAUUAAAGAAUGUUGAAAGGUAUGUGUGUUUGAACUUUAUUGUUCAAAAAAGUUUAAUUAAAUAAAAUUAUUUCAAAUGAGUAAUUCAUUAUUGAUGCCAAUAAGUAUAUAAUAAAAUGUUUUUAAAUUAA